AUGUCGACCCUCCGCAUUGUCAACAAUCUCGGGGCUCUAUAUCGAGCCCAAGGAAAGCUUGACCAGGCAGAGCAGAUGUACGAACAAGCGCUAGCUGGGUUCGAGAAAGUGCUUGGAGCGGAACAUAUGUCGACGCUCAGCAUUGUCAACAAUCUCGGGGCUCUAUAUCGAGCCCAAGGAAAGCUUGACCAGGCAGAGCAGAUGUACGAACAAGCGCUAGCUGGGUUCGAGAAAGUGCUUGGAGCGGAACAUAUGUCGACGCUCAGCAUUGUCAACAAUCUCGGGGCUCUAUAUCGAGCCCAAGGAAAGCUUGACCAGGCAGAGCAGAUGUACGAACAAGCGCUAGCUGGGUUCGAGAAAGUGCUUGGAGCGGACCAUAUGUCGACGCUCAGCAUUGUCAACAAUCUCGGGAAUCUAUAUCGGGACCAAGGAAAGAUGGACCAGGCAGCGCGGAUGUACGAACAGGCGCUAGUUGGGUUCGAGAAAGUGCUCGGAGCGGAUCACACGUUGACCCUCGACACUAUCAAUAAUCUCGGGGUACUAUAUCAAGACCAAGGGAAGCUAACCCAGGCAGAGCCGAUGCACCAGCGGACGCUAGCUGGGUUCGAGAAAGUGCUCGGAGCGGACCAUAUGUCGACCCUCCGCAUUGUCAACAAUCUAGGGCAUCUAUAUCGGGACCAAGGAAAGCUGGACCAGGCAGCGCAGAUGUACGAGCAGGCGCUAGCUGGGUUCGAGAAAGUACUCGGAGCAGACCAUAUGUCGACGCUCAGCAUUGUCAACAAUCUCGGUGUUCUAUAUCGAGCCCAAGGAGAGCUGGACCAGGCAGAACAGAUGUACAAGCGGGCACUAGCUGGGUUCGAGAAAGCGCUCGGAGCGGACCAUAUGUUGACCCUCCGCACUGCCGGAAAUCUCGGGAAUCUAUAUCGGGACCAAGGAAAGAUGGACCAGGCAGCGCAGAUGUAG